AUGGAAGGAGUAAAAGAGGAAGAUAUUAUUUGUAUUGAUGAUUCACUAGAAGAGAAUAAACAGUCUAUUACUUCUGAUGAUGAUGUUUUAAUUGUUGAAGAUAAUGGUAGAACAUACCAAAAAAGAAUACCAGAACACUUUGUUUCUUCAACACUAACAAACAAUAAAUAUCCACGACUUCCACCUUUAAUUCAGAAAGAAGAAAAGACAAAUAAGUUUGUAAUGAAAAUGACAGCUUCUAAUCACAAGACUCCAUUUAAAGUGGAAGAUAAAAAUACAAACGAAGAUUGUUUUAUAGAAAAAACUCAAAAAUAUGAUGAAAAGAAAAAAAUAAUAUCAUCACUUAUACCAUAUUUUAAUGAGAAUGAAGAGAAAGAUAUUAUUGACAUAGAAAAUGAUGAAGUGAUUGAUGUUGACUCAAUUGAUUUACCAAUUGACUCAACAAAAAAGAAAUACAUCAAAGGAAAAAAGAAUCCUCUUUUUGAUUUUAGAUUUACAUUUGAAGACUUUAAAAGAAGAACUGACAUUUGUAUGAGAAGGGCGUUUACUGUUGAUUCAGAUAAAACUAAAAUAAGAGAUGAUGCAUUUCAUGUUGAAGUACUUGAAGAUGACACAUUUGAAAUUGGAAUACAUUCAGUUGAUUGUUCUGAUUUUAUUGGAAUUUCAAAAGAUCCUUUAAGACAAAUUCAAUACCAAUUUAGAAGACAUCAAAGAGAAUCAAAAACAAUGUCUAAAAUUAAAGAAAAUAUGUCAUUUAAUGCAGGAACACAAAGAAGAGCACUUUCAUUAAUUAUUGUUAUGAAUGGAAAAGGACAAAUCAUUCAAAACCCACAAUUAUGUUUGUCUAUGAUUAAUAUUCGAUGUAAUUUAAAUAGUGAGCAAUUUGAUUGUUUAUUAAAUAAUACAGCUGUAAAUAAUCCUUUAUUAUGGAAGUCUUAUGGUACUUUUGAAACAUUUAAUUGUGGAAAAAUAUAUGGUACAACACUUCCACAAUUAAAAAACGAUAUUACAAGUCUUCAUAAUGUAUUUUGUUAUCAUAUAGGAAAAAAACAUAAAAAUGUAUUAAGUGGAAAUGAUUUAGUUCAAGAAUUAGGAAUAUUUCUUGGAAGAUAUAUUAGUCAAUAUUUAUAUAAAACCUAUGGAGAAUAUGCACUUGUUAUUAGUGUAAGAAAUCAAUUAGUUACACAAUUUAGAAGUCCAUUAAGAAAAUAUUUUGAUGUAUUAGUAUUAAAACAAUUAGUUUGUGCAAUGGAACAUGAAAAUGUUGAAAGAAUGAGUCAAAGAAUUAUUGGAAGAGGAAAGAAUGAAUUAAAAAGAAUUAUUAAAGAAAUUAACUUGAUUUAUGAAGAAAGAAGGAAAUUAAUGUAA